AUGCUUCAGAGCCUCAUGAAGAAUGUCCGGGUCCCCAUGAAACCCUACUAUAUCCAGGUUUACCAGGAAAUUUGGGUCGGAAUGGGUUUAAUGACCUUCAUCCUUUAUAAAAUCAGGAGUGCUGAUAAAAGAAGUAAAGCUUUGAAAGGCUCCAGUCCUGCUCCUGCCCAUGGCCAUCAUUAACCAACCGCUCCCUGAGUCUACUCAAGAUGAAUCCUGACGGCUAAACUUAAAGCAAGCU